GCAUCAGUCUCCACCUCCACCCCUGCUCCUUCUCCUGCCCCUGCUAAUUCUCCUGCCCCUGCUCAUUCUCCUGCUCCUUCUCCUGCCCCCGCCCCUUCUCCUGCCCCACCCCCUUCUCCUGCCCCUGCUUCUGCUCCUCCCCCUGCCCCUGCCAGCAGCCCUGAGGCUGACAGGAAGGCCGCGGCCCCGGAGGAGAAUGGUGAGGCGGAGGUGGAGCCCAUGAGGAACGGAGCCGGGCACACCUCGGAGACGGAGAGCAGCGACAGUGGAGCCAGUCCCGGAGACAAGGACAACUCCACAGCUCCACAAGACGUAGAAGACCUGACUGAGCCCGGGGGGAAGCGUCAGUACGACAGGGACUUCCUGUUGGGCUUCCAGUUCAUGCCUGCCUGCAUACAGAAGCCUGAGGGACUCCCACCAAUCAGUGACGUGGUGCUGGACAAGAUUAACCAAAACAAGGUGCCAUCUCGAGUGGUGGAGUCGAGGGUGAUUUCCAGAGGACCUGAUUUCACACCUGCCUUCGCAGACUUUGGCAGACAGAUGACCGGAGGAAGAGGCGCUGCACUCAUGAACAUCGGGGCACGUCGGCCUCCACCCAGGAAGAUCAUCAUGAGCCUGUCGGUGCAUGAUGAUGUGCAGCUGAAAAAAUCAGAGAAUGCCUGGAAACCGGGCCUGAAGCGGGAGGUUCUCCCCGAGGAUCCCAACGCACAGAACACACAGGAUCUUUUCAAGAAGGUCCGCAGCAUCUUGAACAAGCUGACGCCUCAGAAGUUCAACCAGCUGAUGAAGCAGGUGACGGAUCUGACAAUCGACACGGAGGAGCGGCUCAAAGGCGUCAUCGACCUGGUCUUUGAGAAGGCCAUCGACGAGCCCAGCUUCUCAGUGGCCUAUGGAAACAUGUGCCGCUGCCUCGCCACGCUCAAAGUGCCGACGACAGACAAACCCAACAACACUGUGAACUUUCGCAAGCUGCUGCUGAACCGCUGUCAGAAGGAGUUUGAGAAAGACAAGGUGGACGACGUGGUGUUUGAGAGGAAGCAGAAGGAGCUGGACUCUGCUGCGUCGACGGAGCGUGACCGUCUUCAGGCAGAGCUGGAGGAAGCCAAGGACAAGGCCCGGCGGCGCUCCAUCGGCAACAUCAAGUUCAUCGGCGAACUCUUCAAGCUCAAGAUGUUAACGGAGGCCAUCAUGCACGACUGCGUGGUCAAGCUGCUGAAGAACCACGACCAGGAGUCGUUAGAGUGUCUGUGCAGACUGCUCACCACCAUCGGCAAGGACCUCGACUUCGAGAAGGCCAAGCCUCGAAUGGAUCAGUAUUUCAAUCAGAUGGAGAAGAUCGUCAAAGAGCGGAAGACGUCGUCUCGGAUCCGGUUCAUGUUACAGGAUGUGAUCGACUUGAGACUGCACAACUGGGUUUCCAGAAGAGCCGACCAGGGUCCGAAAACCAUUGAGCAGAUCCACAAGGAGGCGAAGAUCGAAGAGCAAGAGGAACAGAGGAAAGUGCACCAGCAGCUGCUCUCCAAGGACAACAAGAGACGUCCAGAUCAGAGAGAGCAGCGAGAGCAGCGAGAGCAGCGAGAGCAGCGCGCUCCGAGAGAAGAGACCUGGAACACAGUGCCCAUGACAAAGAACAGCAGAACCAUCGACCCCUCCAAGAUCCCAAAGAUCUCCAAGCCUCAAAUGGACGAGAAGAUCCAGUUGGGCCCACGGGCUCAAGUCACAUGGGUAAAGGGCAGCAGCGGAGGAGCCAAGGCCAACGACUCGGAACUGUCUCGUACAGCUGGUCUCAACCGUUACUCUGCACUGCAGUCCACGCCUUCGCCUCAGGCCACCGCCCCGACACAGAACCUAGACUUUGACUCCAGGAGAACUCUGGGAAGUCGCAGCAGUUCAGGCAGAGAGCGCAGCGAGAAGCCACUGAUCUCUGCGGUGCCGUCAGCGCGGCCCGGCCCUUUCAUCAGGGGAAGCAGCGUGAAGGAGCUGCUGGAGACUCAAACCCCAGAGGAGCCGCGAAGAGACCGAGAGGGAGCCAAGCCCCGUAGACCGAGCGUCACCGAGGACAAGACGGAGCCGGAGCACAGCAAAGUCCGAGACGCUGUGAAACCUGAGCCCGUGGUGCCGACGCCAGACCGACCCGCUCUGUUGGAGGACGAGAUCGAGAGGAAGUCCAAGUCCAUCAUCGACGAGUUCCUGCACAUCAACGACUACAAGGAGGCCAUCCAGUGUGUGAACGAGCUGGACUUGGGUUCUCAGCUGCACAGGUUCGUCCGUGUCGGGGUGGAGUCGACUCUGGAGCGGAGUCAGAUCACACGAGACCACAUGGGUCAGCUCCUCUUCCAGCUGCUGCAGCAGGGAAUCCUGCCCAGAGACCAGUUUUACAAAGGGUUCGCAGACACGCUGGAGCAGGCUGACGAUAUGUCGAUCGACAUUCCUCACAUCUGGUUGUACCUGGCCGAGCUGCUCAGCCCCAUGUUGAGGGAGGGGGGCUUCUCUAUGAGAGAGCUCUUCAGUGGAUUAAAUAAACCUUUGCUUCCUGUGGGAAGAGCUGGGAUCUUAAUUUCUGAAAUCCUGCACAUACUAUGCAAACAAAUGAGUCAUCGGAAGGUGGCGUGUCUGUGGAGAGAAUCUGGUCUCAGCUGGACCGACCUCCUGCCAGAGGACGAGGACAUCCAAGACUUCAUCACACAGCAGAACCUCCAGUUUGUUCAGGCAGACGGUUCCAGCCCGGAGGAGGUUCUGUCUAAGAGGACGUUGUCUCCAGAGGAGCUGAGGCGGCAGCUGGAGCGCCUCCUCCUGGAGGACUUGGCCAGUGACGAGAAGAUCUUCGACUGGGUGGAGGCGAACCUGGACGAGUCUCAGAUGAGCUCGUCUCCUUUCCUGAGGGCGUUGAUGACGGCUGUGUGUAAGGCAGCAGUGAAAGAUGAUAACAGCUCCUGUCGAGUGGACACGACCCUCAUCCAGAGGCGACUGCCCGUGUUACUCAAGUACCUGAACUCGGACACCGAGCGACAGCUGCAGGCACUUUAUGCACUUCAGGCUCUGAUCGUCGGCCUCGAUCAGCCUCCCAACCUUCUCCGGAUGUUCUUCGACUGUCUGUACGACGAGGACGUGAUCUCCGAAGACGCAUUCUACAAGUGGGAGACAAGCAAAGACCCGGCGGAGCAGCUGGGGAAGGGCGUGGCCCUCAAGUCUGUCACUGCCUUCUUCACGUGGCUGCGGGAGGCGGAGGAGGAGUCGGAGGAUAAUUGACGAGAGCGGACAAAGGACAUGACGUAGUAGAACUACAUCCGUGAGCAGGACCACAUGUUUACGGCUGGAAUUCUUUUUCUGCGGUACGGUUCUGAAACCAUUUUGAGUUUGGAUUCCAACGGCGGAAGCACUAAAUACCUGUAUUAUACAUAGAAAAUAUUUUUGUUUUAAAUUUUAACUUACUUUUCUUUUGUUACUUUAUAAGAAGAGACUUAAGAUACAUAGGUUCUGGACUCUUUAAUUUAUUAUUUUUUUAAGGACUGCAAAUAUAAAAGUUAUUUAAAAUUUGCAGAUGCUCACAACAACAGAACAGAAAUAACAAUAUAAUUAAUUAUAAUAACAAAAUAAUAAUUGAAAUAAUUCGCCUCCCUGGACUCGACACUGUUUGGUUUAAAACAGGGUCAUGACGAAAGGGAAGCGGAUAUCAGAGAUCUGUCCGUGUUGUUGAGCUCUACCAACCAGGAGCCUCGGCCGGUUCUGCGUUGAUACAUGUACAUACACCACUCCAGAGGUCAGUGAACUGUGCGAACAAACUAAGAGCAAAGAUGCAAGUUCAAAAAGCAAAUGGCCGCGUUCGCCGAACAAGAAACGCUUGUAAUACUUGAGCUCCACAGAGCAGAGCAGGUUCAGUGCUUGUAAAUACAUUAAAGACAAAAAGGUUUAAAAACA